AUGCUAUCUCUUGCGUCUGUUUCUCCAUCUGCUUCACUCUCACUGCAAAAGAAUUUCAAGACCAAUUGGAAGCGCGGAACUUCAAGUCGAAUUAACUUCUUGGGAUCAGAUUUUAGUAAGACAAAGUCUUACACUCGGACAAGCAUGACUGUUGCUGUCAAAGUUUCCCGAUUCAAUGACAUAACAAUGGCUCCUCCUGACCCUAUCCUUGGAGUUUCUGAAGCAUUCAAAGCUGACACGAAUGAAAUGAAGCUUAAUCUUGGCGUGGGUGCUUAUCGUACUGAAGAUCUUCAACCAUAUGUACUUAAUGUUGUUAAGAAGGCAGAAAAUCUCAUGUUGGAAAGAGGAGAAAACAAAGAGUAUCUUCCAAUCGAAGGUUUGGCAGCUUUCAACAAGGUGACGGCAGAAUUAUUGUUAGGAGCAGACAAUGCGGUUAUUCAGCAACAAAGAGUUGCCACCGUUCAAGGUCUUUCAGGAACUGGGUCUCUGCGGCUUGCUGCAGCACUCAUAGAGCGAUAUUUUCCUGGUGCCAAAGUUUUAAUAUCAUCUCCGACCUGGGGAAACCACAAGAACAUUUUCAAUGAUGCUCGAGUUCCUUGGUCGGAAUAUCGGUAUUAUGACCCCAAAACUGUUGGGUUGGAUUUUGAUGGGAUGAUAUCAGACAUUAAGGCAGCACCUGAUGGAUCUUUUGUGUUACUUCACGGUUGUGCGCACAACCCAACUGGCAUUGAUCCCACCCCAGAACAAUGGGAAAAAAUUGCUGAUGUCAUUCAAGAGAAAAAUCAGAUUCCAUUUUUUGAUGUUGCCUACCAGGGUUUUGCAAGUGGUAGCCUUGAUGAAGAUGCAUCAUCUGUGAGAUUGUUUGCCGCACGAGGUAUGGAGCUUUUUGUUGCUCAGUCAUACAGUAAAAACUUGGGUCUUUAUGCAGAAAGGAUUGGAGCAAUCAAUGUUGUCUGUGCGUCAUCAGAUGCCGCUGCAAGGGUAAAGAGCCAACUCAAAAGACUUGCACGGCCUAUGUACUCAAAUCCUUCCAUACAUGGAGCUAGGAUUGUAGCCAAUGUUGUGGGAAGUCCAGAGCUUUUUAAUCAAUGGAAAGAGGAGAUGGAAAUGAUGGCUGGAAGAAUAAAGAGUGUCAGACAGAAACUGUAUGAUAGCCUCUGUGCAAAGGAUAAGAGUGGGAAGGACUGGUCAUUUAUUCUCAAACAGAUUGGCAUGUUUUCCUUCACUGGACUGAGCAAAACUCAGACUGAGAACAUGACCAGCAAGUGGCAUGUUUACAUGACGAAGGACGGGAGAAUAUCCUUAGCUGGACUAUCGUCAGCCAAAUGUGAAUACCUUGCAGAUGCCAUUGUUGAUUCAUACCACAACGUGAAGUAG